UCUACACAGCCGGCGGUUUGUGUGAAGUCUUACGGUGGUUCCUGAAUUUUCUGCAACUCGUACUUUUAAUGUUAAUUCUUUUAAGUCUUAUCAACUGCUAUCUUCCAUAUUUCUACAGUGCUUGAUUUUAAACACAAACGAGUCCAACACAGGAAAGGAGUCAAGCCACUAGCUAGACACACGCAUCCUCCAAAACGAGAAUGUUCAACACAACCCCUGCUAAGUAUGCAAUCCUCUCGAGUUUGUGUCUAAGUGUUUUGCUUGGAGGGGGCCUUGCUUGGCUUUCAGUUGAAUUGUUUGAUAAUUCCCCUGGAAUUUCAUUACCUUGGGAUAAGCCUAAUAAUGAUGCCACUACCUACAAACCAAUAAAUGACACAGAAAGCACUACUGAAACGGGGCAAACAGAGAGCGCUACUGAAACGGGACAAACCGAGAGCGCUACUGAAACGGGACAAACAGAGGGCACUACUGAAACGGGACAAACAGAGGGCACUACUGAAACGGGACAAACAGAGGGCACUACUGAAACAGGACAAACAGAGGGCACUACUGAAACGGGACAAGCAGAAAGCACUACUGAAACGGGACAAGCAGAGAGCACUACUGAAAAGGAAACGGGAAAUGAUGCCAGAGAAUGGACAGCCCCUGCAGAGAAUACCAUUUUUAAGCUGAAGUAAGAAUUUUAUGUUGAGAAGGAAGGAAUUGCUAUAGUUGAGACAGAGGACAUGGCAAAAUAACAAAAAAAAAAAAAAAAAAAAAAAAAAACUUUAAACAGUGCUGAACGAGGCCCUUUGUCUAGAGCUGCAGAUGGGGAGGAACAGGCCCCUUGUCCUAAGCUGUAGACACCGCCAAACCAAACUGGAGGCUAGAGCUGCAUCUGGAACAAGCACAGGUGGACCAGGAUCAUGGAAGUAUCAGUACUCUCCAAGUUAAUAUUUUGUGCCUUUUAGUGAUUUAAUUAAAUUAUAAAACAA